AGAUAUUCAGAAGGAAACACAACUCCACCCGUCAUGUCUGCGGCGGCUUCAGCUCUGGGUACAAUGCAAACCGUGCAAACGGCGUUGACUGUUGUGCAUACAUUGGCACUUACCGCCUGGCGCAUCCCAUCAGACUGUCCUAUAAGCAAUGGCAGCUCGUACGACUUUAUUGUCAUUGGAGGUGGUACUGCAGGGUCUGUUCUUGCAAACAGACUGUCAGCUGACGAAAAUAUUAAUGUUUUGCUACUUGAAGCAGGCGGCUAUGCACCAUUGGAAUCUGAGCUACCAGGCCUGUUUCCGCUAUUACCCAGCACGGCUUACGACUUUAAUUUCACAUCAGUGAAUGACCACUACACUGGGCAAAACCUUCAGAAUGGUCAAGUCGAACUGACACAAGGCAAAAUGUUAGGAGGUAGUGCAGCUAAUCACCAUAUGAUACACGUGCAAGGAGACCCUCAUGACUACGACCAGUGGGCAAAGAUCUUGGACGAUGACACUUGGAGUUACAAAAAUGUUCAACCUUAUUUAAGAAGACAAGAAAAUUUGACCGAUCCAGGUCUGCUCGAUUCUGAGUAUGCAGACCUGCAUGGUACUGACGGUUAUUUGAAAAUAGCAAGAGAUGAACAAUCAGCUAACAUUAAGUAUUUAGAAGCUUACGAAGAACUCGGACAUAACAUUGUAGAAGACACAUCUUCGGAGAUUUCAUCCCUUGGUUUUACCCAGCCUCUACUCAACGUUGUUGAUGGUAUCCGACAGACUGGAGCGGUCGGUUAUCUUGGAGCAGCCCAGACUCGAAAGAACCUAUGCGUUGCAUUGUCUACUACGGCAACAAAGAUACUGAUCAAAGAUGGUGUUGCGGUUGGGGUACAAGUUCUUACGUCUUACGGCAAAACUAGCAAGUUGUAUGCAAAGAAAGAAGUAAUUGUGUCUGCCGGCGCUAUCAAUAGCCCAAAGCUGCUGAUGUUGUCCGGCAUCGGGCCUAAGACACACCUUGAGUCAUUAGGUAUCGAAGUCGUAGCAGAUUUGCCUGUUGGACAAAACUUCAUGGACCACCCAUCUGCUGUAGUCGUAUAUCAAAUGGAAGCCAACUCUGAUCCUUUACCUGCUGUAAACCCUCACGUGUUUCCAGUACCCAUUACAACUGGUUACGUAGCGCUCGAUCCAAAACAGCCGUACCCAGACUACCAGGUAAUCAACUUAGUAUUUCCGCACGACGCUGCUGCUCUGUUGCAACUUUGUACAAAUGUUUUUAAGUAUACUCAUGAAGUGUGUGACAAAUUCUUUGCCGCGACCAGUGGCAGAUCAACACUCUUUGUGGUGAACAAUCUCAUGAUGCCAAAGUCCCGUGGUGAGAUAAAACUUGCGAGUGCAGACCCUUCUGCUCAACCACUUAUUUAUACAGGCACAUAUACAAACAAAGACGACUUGGACCUGAUGGCAAGAAGUUUGGAAGAUUUUGACAGGGUGUUAAACACAACGUACUUUAAGAGCGUAGGAGCUUCACGAGUCGACUUAGGAAUUUGUUCUGAUUUAUCUGGAUUGGAAUUCUGGGAGUGUUAUGCAUUGGAAAUGUCUGCUACAAUGUGGCACUAUGCGGGAACUUGCUCUAUGGGUUCAGUACUAGACACUCGGUUGCGCGUUAAAGGAUUGCAGAAUCUAAGAGUGGUAGACUCCAGCGCGAUGCCAACUGAAGUGAGUGGCAAUAUCAAUGCUGCAGUAGGUAUGAUCGCAGAACGAGCGUCGGACUUCAUUCUUGAUACCUGGAAUAUUUUACACUAAAUGAUAAUAGCGAUAAGAGUAACAACACAAAUUUCGUAUUUAGGUAAUGUAAAUAAAUCUAUUCAAAUGGUC